AACCCUUCCCUGAACAGUGAACACCAAAGCAAAGCAAAGUGUCCGAACCCUCCCGCUACUGUGUUGUUUCCAAAAUCUGAAGAGAGAAUCCAAAGCCCCACACUCAGUGUAGUUCGCAAUGUCUACGCUCGAAAUCGAAGCUCGAGACGUAAUCAAAAUCGUGCUUCAAUUCUGCAAAGAAAACUCCUUACACCAAACGUUUCAGACACUGCAGAGCGAGUGCCAGGUUUCUCUCAACACUGUUGACAGCAUUGAAACCUUCGUUGCGGAUAUCAAUAGUGGAAGAUGGGAUGCCAUUUUGCCUCAAGUUUCGCAGCUCAAGCUUCCCCGGAAUAAAUUGGAGGAUUUGUAUGAGCAGAUUGUGUUGGAAAUGAUUGAGCUUCGAGAGCUGGAUACCGCGCGUGCCAUUUUGAGGCAGACGCAGGUGAUGGGUGUCAUGAAAAAUGAGCAGCCGGAAAGAUAUUUGCGACUUGAGCAUCUUUUAGUUAGGACUUAUUUUGACCCAAAUGAGGCUUACCAAGACUCAACAAAAGAGAAGCGACGUGCAUUAAUAGCCCAAGGUAUUGCAGCUGAAGUGACUGUAGUGCCACCUUCCCGAUUGAUGGGUUUAAUUGGUCAGGCUUUGAAGUGGCAGCAGCAUCAAGGGUUACUUCCUCCUGGUACGCAGUUUGAUUUGUUUCGUGGAACGGCUGCUAUGAAACAAGACGUGGAUGACAUGUAUCCAACAACUCUUUCUCACACUAUAAAGUUUGGGACAAAAAGUCAUGCAGAAUGUGCUUGCUUUUCACCAGAUGGGCAGUUUCUCGUAUCCUGUUCAGUUGAUGGAUUUGUUGAGGUUUGGGAUUACAUAAGUGGAAAGCUGAAGAAAGAUCUCCAGUACCAGGCAGAUGAGGUAUUUAUGAUGCAUGAUGAUGCUGUACUUUGUGUGGACUUUAGCAGAGAUUCAGAGAUGCUGGCAUCUGGAUCACAAGAUGGAAAAAUUAAAGUAUGGCGUAUUAGGACUGGUCAAUGCUUGCGGCGUCUUGAACGUGCACAUUCCCAAGGUGUUACAAGUCUUUCCUUUUCUCGUGAUGGGAGCCAGUUAUUAAGUACUUCAUUUGACAGCACAGCAAGAAUCCAUGGCCUUAAGUCCGGAAAGAUGUUGAAAGAGUUUCGCGGCCAUACCUCUUACGUGAAUGAUGCAACUUUCACCAACGAUGGGAGCCGUGUUAUUACGGCAUCAAGUGAUUGUACAGUCAAGGUCUGGGAUGUGAAGACUACAGACUGCAUACAAACUUUUAAGCCACCUCCUCCUUUAAGGGGAGGUGAUGCUUCUGUUAACUCUGUGUACAUUUUCCCCAAGAAUGCUGAUCACAUUGUUGUUUGUAACAAAACGUCAUCAAUAUAUAUCAUGACACUUCAAGGCCAGGUUGUCAAGAGUUUCUCAUCUGGUAAAAGAGAGGGUGGAGACUUCGUUGCAGCCUGUAUUUCACCUAAAGGGGAAUGGAUUUACUGUGUUGGUGAAGACAGGAAUAUGUACUGCUUCAGCUAUCAGUCUGGCAAAUUGGAGCAUCUGAUGAAGGUCCAUGAGAAGGAAAUUAUUGGUGUCACUCAUCAUCCUCAUAGGAAUCUUGUUGCAACUUAUAGUGAAGACGGCACAAUGAAAUUGUGGAAACCUUGAUUCUGUAUUUCUAUCAACUAGUUUGUGCAUUUAGAAAACCUUAGAUUCAUGUUCUGAUGUUCAUCUCCUUGAGAAGCUCCUUUCUCUAAGUAAUGAUUGGAGUAAGCAAUAUCCAAUGCGCAAAGAAUAUGUUUAUUGACUAGGGAGCCCAUUUACCAUGUUGUAGCAAAUAGGAGUAAUUUAUGCGAUUGUUUCUAUAUGGCCUGAAAAUCACUUCAAACGUUACCCUGAAUUGCUCCUUUUUAUUCUUGAUUCUCUUUCAAGUAGACUUAGAAUCUAUAAAUUUAGUUUUCAUUGCUUUGA